AUGGGAUGGAAGGCCACGCAGAAGCAACUGACCAGACUGACCGUGGUGUUACUGAUGGCGUUAGCAGCUGCCGGGCAAGCCCUGUCCGGCUGCCCUGAUUCCUGCGGAAGUGUUUCAAUUCCAUACCCCUUUGGCGUAGGCGUGUCAAAAGUCACGGGUAAGGACUGUUACAUGGAGGAACACUUGAAUCUCACAUGCAAAGAAUCCAUUCUAUACGCAGGUAACGUUCAAAUUCUGAACAUAUCCCUCCUAGGUCAAUUGGAGAUGAAUUUUUUCGUCUCCAGUAUCUGCAAGAGCGACAUUUCUAAAGGAAACGCCAACUCACCCACAAUCACAACUGCAUCCUUCACCAUAUCCAGCACGGACAACAAGUUCGUGAGUGUAGGCUGCGACACGUACGGGUAUCUCAACAACUACAUAAACAAUGUGAAAUACUCAACGGGGUGCUUGACAAGAUGUAACGAUGAGAAUCAAGUGAACAUCCAAAGCAUGCAGACAAGUAAAGGGGAGUGUUCGGGGAUAGGGUGCUGCCAGGUGGAUAUACCUCCUGGAAUGACGAACAUUAGUAUACAAGCCUUCUCCUUUAAAAAUUUCAGUUACUCUUCCAAUCUCAACAGCUGCAGCUCUUCGUUUGUGGUGAAAAAUGGGAACUACACUUUCUCGCUGGAUGAUUUGAAAAAACUUCCAUUCGAUAAGGCUCCCAUGGUCGUUCAUUGGAGGGUUGGAAAUGAAACGUGUUUUGCGUCCAAGGAUAAAAGUAACUAUGCGUGCUCGAAUAACAGCGACUGCGAGGACCCACCCUCCGCCAAUGGAAAUGGCUACCGAUGCAAAUGUAAAGCAGGGUUUGAGGGCAACCCUUACCAAGGUUGCACAGACAUUUUGGAAUGUAAACUUGACAAACACAACUGCACAAGUCAAGAUUAUUGUCGUGAAACUCCCGGCUCUUUUGAAUGUUUCUGUCCCGAUGGACUCAUCGGAGAUGGAACAAUAAAAGGCGGAGGAUGUCGACAAAAGCCUCGGCCUGAUCUAUUUGCCAAGAUCGACAUUGGCGCAGGCGCAGGAUUAAUCGCUCUCUUUAUUGGGGUUUCUUGGCUGUACUUGAUGUACCACAAAAGAAAAGUCCUCAAAUUAAAGGAGAAAUUCUUUCAGCAGAAUGGGGGCAUCAUUCUCAGACAGCAACUCUCUACAAGACAAGACUCCUCUCAAUCCACUACAAUUUUCAGUGCCGAGCAACUUAAGAGAGCCACCAAUGAUUUUGAUGAGAACUUAAUCAUCGGUAAAGGAGGUUUUGGUACAGUUUUCAAAGGAGUUCUCUCAAAUAAUAAGAUUGUUGCUAUAAAAAAGUCCAAAAUAGUGGAUCAGAGCCAGGUGGAGCAGUUCAUUAAUGAGGUCAUUAUACUGUCACAAAUUAAUCACAGGAAUGUGCUUACCUCGCUCGUGGGAGCACUUGUUCUCUGGGUCUCGGAACUUCGUUGCUAUUUUUAUGCGUCACUCACUGCUCUUUCAUUUUCGCAAACAGGUUUAAGGCAUGAUUAUGGGUAG